AUGGCAGCCCUGGUGGCCGGAGUGUCCAAGCAGCGGGCGGCAGCGGAAGGUCUUGGCUCCAACCAGAAAGCCGUGAAGUACUUGGGCCAGGACUUCGAGACCCUGAGGCAACAGUGCUUGGACUCAGGGGUCCUGUUCAAGGACCCGGAGUUCCCAGCAUGCCCAUCAGCCUUGGGCUACAAGGAUCUUGGACCAGGCUCCCCCCAAACUCAAGGCAUUGUCUGGAAGCGGCCCACGGAACUGUGUUCCAGCCCUCAAUUUAUCGUUGGUGGAGCCACGCGCACAGACAUUUGUCAGGGUGGUCUCGGUGACUGCUGGCUUCUGGCGGCCAUUGCCUCUCUCACCUUGAAUGAAGAGCUGCUUUACCGGGUGGUCCCCAGGGACCAGAACUUCCAGAAGAACUACGCGGGAAUCUUUCAUUUUCAGUUCUGGCAGUUCGGAGAGUGGGUGGAGGUGGUCGUGGACGACAGGCUGCCCACUAAGGACGGGAAGCUGCUCUUCGUGCACUCGGAAGAAGGCAAUGAGUUCUGGAGCGCGCUGCUGGAGAAAGCCUACGCCAAGCUCAAUGGUUCUUAUGAGGCUCUCGCUGGAGGGUCCACAGUGGAGGGGUUUGAGGAUUUCACGGGCGGCAUCUCUGAGUUUUAUGACCUGAAGAAGCCGCCAGCCAGUCUGUAUCACAUCGUCCGGAAGGCGCUCCGCAGGGGCUCUCUGCUGGCCUGCUCCAUUGAUGUCUCCAGCGCAGCCGAAACAGAAGCCAUCACCAGCCAGAAGCUGGUUAAGAGUCACGCAUACUCUGUCACUGGAGUCGAAGAGGUGGAUUUUCGGGGCCGUCCAGAGAGGCUGAUCCGGCUCAGGAAUCCGUGGGGUGAAGUGGAGUGGACGGGAGCCUGGAGUGACGAUGCGCCAGAGUGGAAUUACAUAGAUCCCAGGCAGAAGGCAAAGCUGGACAGGAAAGCCGAGGAUGGAGAGUUUUGGAUGUCUUUUGCGGAUUUCUUGAGGCAGUUCUCGCGGCUGGAGAUCUGCAACCUGUCCCCGGACUCCCUGAGCAGUGAGGAGGUGCACAAGUGGAACUUGGUCCUGUUCAACGGCCGCUGGACGCGGGGCUCCACCGCGGGGGGCUGCCAGAACUACCCAGCCACUUACUGGACCAACCCCCAGUUCAAAAUCCAUUUGGACGAGGUGGAUGACCACCAGGAGGAGAACGAGGGUGAGCCAUGCUGUACGGUGCUGCUGGGUCUGAUGCAGAAGAAUUGCAGGCGACAGAAGAGGAUAGGACAGGGCAUGCUCAGCAUCGGCUACGCUGUCUACAAGGUCCCCAAAGAGCUGGAGAGUCACACGGACGUGCACCUGGGCCGGGACUUCUUCAUGGGCCACCAGCCCUCGGCCCGCUCCAGCACCUAUGUCAACCUGCGGGAGGUCUCCAGCCGUGUCCGGCUGCCCCCGGGGCAGUACCUGGUGGUGCCGUCCACCUUCGAGCCCUUCAAGGACGGCGACUUCUGCCUGAGGGUGUUCUCGGAGAAGAAGGCCAAGGCCCUGGAAAUGGGGGAUGUGGUAGCUGGAAACCCACGUGAGCCACAUCCCAGCGAGGUGGAUCGAGACGAUGGCCAGUUCAAGAGCCUGUUUGAGAAGCUUGCAGAGAAGGAUUCUGAGAUCAGUGCCAAUGAACUCAAGACGGUUCUGAAUGAGGUGUUUUCCAAACGAACGGACAUAAAAUUUGACGGAUUCGACAUCAACACUUGCAGGGAGAUGAUCAGCCUGAUGGAUAACAAUGGGACAGGCACCUUGGGACCAGUGGAAUUCAAGAUGCUCUGGUUGAAGAUUCAGAAGUAUCUGGAGAUUUAUCGGGAAACUGAUGAUAAGCACCUGGGGACCAUCGAUGCCCAUGAGAUGAGGACAGCCCUCAAGAAAGCAGGUUUCACCCUCAACAAUCAGGUGCAGCAGACCAUCGCCCUGCGGUAUGCAUGCAGCAAACUCGGCAUCGACUUCGACGGCUUCGUUGCUUGUAUGAUCCGCCUGGAGACCCUCUUCAAACUGUUCAGGCUUCUGGACAAGGACCAGAGUGGCACUGUCCAGCUCUCUCUGGCUGAGUGGCUGUGCUGUGUGUUGGUCUGACCCAGGGUUUUGGACCUCAGUGAUGCUCCCUGCCAGCAUGCCUGCCUCUUUUCUCCCCGUCUUUACAGUUUUGUGAACAUUUAUCCUUGAAUGGCAUUCAUUGGUUAUUCAUAUCUUCCUUGUCUGUCAUUGUUCCCUGAGAUCCUGGCCUGUCCCCCUGGAGCAGUCUGGGGAGCCCUGGGUCUCUUUCAGCAGCAUUGCACAUAAAUGAAAGGGACAGAAAUCAAUUAAAGAUGUGGCCCAAAUGGUUUCUGCCUUUCUCUAGUGAUAUGCAAUGAGGGAGCACCCUGGGCUUUUCAUGUUUUAAGGAAGAAGAUGCUCUUGGGAAAUGACAUGGCCCAAAGCUGAGGAAAGAUGGAAAAUGUGGGUGAGUUUCUUGGAGGAGAGGCUGCAGAUCAAGCUGCCUCUGGGGCCCCCUUCAGCCCUCCCGAGGAAGGCUGCAGGGAUGGGCUGCGGGAGAACAGGCCUCUCUUCCUCACUUUGCAGACUGGAGAGGUUGCCGUACUGCACAUGUCAGCAUCUUUGAGUCUAGAAGUAAAUUCUUGUGGAGCCGAAUUCUUAUCUGGCAAAUAGCUAGAGGGGACAUGCACUUCUGGUCAGUUUUGCUCACAGCUGUGCACAGGGAUCUUUGUUGUUGGUAAGAAAAUAGAUGCCACAGCCUAGCGUCCUAAUGGGUAGAUGGGGACAGAGUGGGUCCUUACACAUGGAUUUUGGAAAUGAGGUAUAAAGGAGGAUGGAUGUCCUAGUCAGUUUGAGCUGCUAUAACAAACGCCAUAGACUGGGUGGCUUAUAAACAAGAGACAUUGAUUUCUCACAGUUCUGGAGGCUGGAAGUCCAAGAUCAGGGUGCCAGCAGGGUCGGGUUCUGGUGAGACCCUCUUUCAGGUCGCAGACUCCUCGAUGUGUCCUCUUAUGGAGAGCAGAGAGAGGAAGC